ACAGGGAUGGAAGGCGUGUCAUGGAGGCCAUGCAUAAAGCUGCAGACAUCAUCUACCUCCUCAACAGGGAAGGGCUUGGCUCCAUCUCCCAGGACAUUGCUGUCAGCCUUCGCCCCUUCAUUGAUGACGAGAAGGGCAGUGUGCGCUCAGCUGCCAUUGUACUGCUUGGCAACGUGGUGAGCAGGGUGCAGGACCCCGACAAACCCUUCGUGCAGCAGGAAAUCAUCCACUGCUUGCUCCCCCUGCUGCUGCAUCUUGAAGACCAGGAGGAGAGUGUGAAACUGUCAUGUAAACUGACGCUCUUCCGCUGCGCAGUGUUCCUCAGGUGGGCUCAUUUGAAGACCCUCUCCCGCAGCUUGGCCUGGGAUGGCUCCUCACAGCUCUUGAAGUGUGUCUGGAUCUGCUUGAUGCAGAACAACGAGAGCCACAUCCCCAAAUUCCUGUUCCAGGCCUUACAGUACCUGGAAAGCUCACAGACAACAAUAAGACAUUCAGCAGCCCGAUUCAUUGGAAAUACUAUCCACCAUUACUGUGAUUUGUUGUCUGAAACAGUGAAUGAAGAUGGCAUCUCCCGCCUGUAUGAAGCUUUUCACGAAGUGCCUUUGAAAUCAGACAGGACCACGUGGUACAUCCUCAACAGAUAUUAUAAAUGGUUGCAGAAGCUUGGAAAUCUCGUGUCGGGUUCUGCAUUUGACUAGGGAACCGGGACCGACACAGACGAGCUCUUUGUCCUGCUAUGACAUCGAGAGGCCAACAGGAGCCAAUUGAGCCCACCACUGAUCCCAUCUCUUGUGAGAUGGCAAAGCAACUUUGCAUGGGAAGGAGGAGACACAAGAGGCCGAGCAGCAUGUGCCGGGCUGAACCAGCCACACAGAACCCCAUAGUCUAGGUGGAGAAAGCCAAGCCCCGCCCCAGCCCUGCCGGACAUGCUCCAACUGGAGCACCAGUGUGUAAGCGAGCAGCUCAGACCGAUGAAAAUGGAGAAUGCACACUGUAGGCUCCAGUCCAGAAGCAGCUCAAGCCCCUGACUGCAGAGCUCUGAGGUGCCGAGACCCAGCCACGUCCCUGGGGGCCUGCAGACAUGCAAGGGAGAUCGGAGACUCUGGGAGUUUCCCACGCCGGGAACCCAGAGACCCCCAGCCCAUGGCCUAGAGACAUCUCCAAGGAAGUAACCUGGGUGAACUAGCCAUUGUCAUCCGCAGUGCUGGAUCCCCACUGACUCAAUGGCACUGAAGGGCAGCUAUACAGACUCCGGCCGUUGGGCCACACAGCAUUGAGGGAGAGAGUAGCCAUAUUGUCCGUUGCCAUCGGGCCACACGGGCGUAAGAGACAGGAUAGACAUAUGGACAAUGAGCGUUGAGCCACACAGCCCCAACGGAGAGGGCAGCCGCACGGACCCUGGUCGCUGGGCCACACAGCCCCGACGGAGCGGGCGGCCGCACGGACCCUGGUCGCUGGGCCACACAGCCCCGACGGAGAGGGCGGCCGCACGGACCCUGGUCGCUGGGCCACACAGCCCCGACGGAGCGGGCGGCCGCACGGACUCUGGUCGCUGGGCCACACAGCCCCGACGGAGCGGGCGGCCGCACGGACUCUGGUCGCUGGGCCACACAGCCCCGACGGAGAGGGCGGCCGCACGGACUCUGGGUGUUGGGACACACACACUGCGUGGGAGGGCAGCCAUUUUGACACUGGGCAUUUGGCCAAACUACCCUGAGGCUUAGGGAAGUUAUUUGAUGUCAGCCAUGGGACCUCGCCCCUUCACUCCUCAGACAUCGCUCAUCUGUCACCAUGAGACCGACCCCAUGACAGAAGACUUUUGGGGUCAAGAUGCAAACAGGAGUCGAAGCAAGGAGUGGCAUGUGACCCCUCUAAGAGAUCCUCCCACUCCUUUACCAAUCUGGGGGUGUUUUAUCUCCAUCCACCUGCCUCAGGAAUGGAUUUGAGCAAUUGGGGAAUGUUCUGGGGCAGAGUGACCCAUCCGGAAGUGGGUCACGUGACCCUCCAAGAGCUCCUCCCACUUGGGGUGGCCUCAGCCCCUUAGGACCCACCAGAGAGGGGAUUUCACCAAACAUUGUAAGUGCCCUGGUGGGGUGAC